CUUGCCGUGAACAUUCAGUGUCAUGGAGCUUUUGCGAGUAAGUACGGGGACGGCGCAGUGUCUCUCGUGUGUUGGCAACACUCAUGUGGUGGUUGUUCUCGGAAUGGCGGUAGUGGCAGUGAGGGCUGGUGUCGUACCAGCAGCUCCUCUAGCCGCCUUCCCCGCCCCCGCUGCUCUUGCUGCAUACCCAGCCCCAGUCGCCGCCCCCAUCGCCGCCCCUGUCGCCGUCACGAAGCUGGACUACGCCGAUUCCUACCCGCAGUACCAGUUCGCGUACACAGUGCAGGACGCACUGACGGGCGACUCCAAGGCACAAGAAGAGACGCGAGACGGCGGCAUUGUGAAGGGCAGCUACAGUCUCAUAGAGCCGGACGGCGUCCGUCGAACGGUCAACUACUACGCAGACCCGGUGAACGGCUUCAACGCCGUCGUACAGCGAGACGUCCCGGUCAUCAAAGCGGUGCCCGCGGCCCCACUUGUGAAAGCUGCCCCAAUAGCUGCUUACGCCGUGUAGAUCCUGUGUCCUGGUCCCUCGGGAGGCAGUGUCACGUCAGAACCCGAAGGCUGGCGGCCCUUUAAGACCCUGUAAUGACGGAUUGAAACGCCAGAUUUCGAUAUUUUUGUCAAGAUUAGCCCGAGAACUCUGUCUCUUGGUCUCUGACCCAAUGUAGUCUGAUAGAUCUAUACCAGCGCUCUAGAGGAACCUCAUGCCUCCUACCCUGAAGAUGCUGGUAACGACCUACUGGACUGCAAGGCAUAUCCGCCGUGUAAACCUAAAAUCUUGCAAACUGAGGUCACAAUUAUACCAGAUACCAAAAGUGUAGACUUCCAGCAUAGACGAUCUAUCACCGUCAGUCAGUGCUUGCAAGGUGCAUAUGUGUUUAACAGUUUUAUUUCAGUUACAGAAAUAAUUCGGGCCGUAAAGGACCGGCCGUACCUGUCGCUAUAAACAGCGCUGAAUAGUGGAAAUGUUUCUUUCUCUGUCGCAAUGUUUUCCUCGUAUUUCGCGGCCUCUUGAUCUUAGGAAUCGUUUUCUGGGCUCCUAAACAUGCAGAGGAAAACACAAUUGAAGCUACAGUUUAGGGGAAACUGGGGCAAUAUCCGAUCUCCUGUGUUGUCGCGGCCUUCAGGUUCGGCAGUGCCGUAUGCAGCUCUGUGCUUGUCUCCAGAUGGAACCAGGAUCAACUCAGAUGUGCUUCCACACGCCACAUCGAAUGGCUGCUGCUUGCUGAAGGCUCUCUCCUGUUGUUUAUUUUUAGGUUAUCUGUGUUGAAAUAAAACAGUAAUUACAAGAUGAACUUCAAGUGCGCAUAAUUCUCCUUACUUUUCUCCUGCUUAUUGCUCUACACACGUAUUCGGAAGUUCCUGGGCCGAGACACCUUCUCUUCUCAGAUAUCGUGAUUUUCCUCAGUCCCUGCUAACAAAUUGCGGGAUAGUACCCUGCCUUGUCUGACACUUCACGCAGUUUUCCUCUGUCCCUUUAUGAAAUUGUCCAGAAAACUGCAGAAUAACCUCCUUUCUAGUUCAUGCCAAUUAUAGUCCUCUUAUUCCGUUCAGUUAGCGGUGUGUUAUGAACACUAACACCGCAUCGUCAGCGGCCAGUGUAGUCGCACUUUGAAAAGUCUGUCUGCCUCAUUUAUACAGUGGAAGUUGCAUAAUU